AUGGCGUUAGAGAAGUCCAUAACCGGCCAUGUCGCAUACCAGUGGGACCUUUCGUUGCCACCCAUGAUAUGGAAUGGCGAGGGCAUACCCGGUGACUCCGACGGUCCUGACUCCGACGGUCCUGACUCUGACGGUCCUGACUCCGACGGUCCUGACUCUGACGGUCCUGACUCCGACGGUCCUGACUCUGACGGUCCUGACUCUGACGAUCCUGACUCUAAUGGUCCUCACUCUAACGGGCCUGACUCUAACGGUCCUAACUCUAACAGUCCUGACUCUGACGGGCCUCAAUCUAACAGCAUCAUGUACACUUUCUGGCGGUGA